AUUCAAAUGUAUGCGCAUAGCAUGGCGGGAUAUCAAAUAUGGCGGCCAGUGGAGGGAGAGGUAGGAGUGGGAACAGCAUGGAUAAAAGCAUCACCUUGCCACCUGACGAGAUUUUCCGUAAUCUGGAGAAUGCCAAGCGCUUUGCCAUUGAUAUAGGUGGGUCUCUAACAAAGUUGGCUUAUUAUUCUACUGUCCAGCAUAAAGUAGCCAAAGUAAGGUCAUUUGAUCACACAGGAAAGGAUGUCAACCACGAACAGCUGUAUGAAAUAUCGGUACAAGAAGAGAUCACAGCACGACUUCACUUUAUUAAAUUUGAAAAUACCUACAUCGAGAUUUGUCUUGACUUCAUCAAAGAUCAUUUAGUGAAUACGGAGACAAAGGUUAUCAAAGCAACAGGUGGUGGAGCAUACAAAUUCAAAGACCUCAUUGAAAAGAAAUUAGGAUUAAAAGUGGAUAAGGAAGAUGAAAUGACAUGUCUCAUAAAGGGAUGCAACUUUGUACUAAAGAACAUACCCCAUGAAGCUUUUGCCUAUGUCAAACAUGCAGAUCCUGAGUUUCGAUUUCAGACCACUCACCCCAAUAUAUUUCCGUAUUUACUAGUGAACAUUGGUUCAGGCGUAUCAAUAGUGAAGGUAGAAGCAGAAGACAAAUUUGAACGCAUCGGUGGAAGUUCUAUAGGUGGAGGUACAUUCUGGGGGCUGGGUGCCCUGCUCACAAAGACAAAGAGGUUUGAUGAAUUGCUGCAGCUCGCUGCCAAAGGACACCAUACAAACGUGGACAUGCUAGUAAAUGAUAUAUAUGGAGGAGCUUGCCAAAUUUUAGGAUUGACUGGAAAUCUGAUUGCAAGCAGUUUUGGCAAGUCUGCCACUAUAGACAAAGAAUUCUCCAAAGAAGAUAUGGCAAAAAGUCUGUUGCACAUGAUCAGCAAUGAUAUUGGCCAACUGGCCUGUCUGUAUGCCAAACAACAUAAUCUCUCUCAGGUGUAUUUUGGAGGCUUCUUUAUUCGGGGUCACCCAGUCACAAUGCACACAAUCACCUACAGUAUAAACUUCUUCUCUAAGGGAGAAGUUCAGGCACUUUUUCUCAGGCAUGAGGGUUACCUUGGCACUAUAGGGGCAUUUCUGAAAGGAGCUGAGCAGGACAAUCCCAAUAUGUACAGCUGGGAAGAAAACUACGCUGGCAGCUCUGGUCUCAUGAGCACUUCACCAGAUAUUUACCCUAUGCAACGGACUCGAAGUGGCACUUUUGACAUGUUGGAAAUGGACCGUCUGGAACGGCAGCUGGUGAAUUUGCCUUUGCUGUCUGAUCCAUCAUCCUAUGUAUCCGAUACAGUCGAUUUAACAGAAGAUGCUAUGGCUCGGGAAUACUGGCUUUCAUGCUUCGAAGAAGCUUUGGAAAGUGUGGCUAAACGGGCUGUUGCCAGUCAACCUGAUGCAAAGGAAGCAACAGAUCGGGCGCAAAAAUUUCAGCAGAAGUACUUGAAUAAAUUACAAACCCUGAGACAUCAGCCCUUUGCUUAUGGAUCACUGACAGUCCGCAGUUUAUUAGACACAAGAGAACAUUGCCUUAAUGAAUUCAAUUUCCCAGAUCCGUAUUCAAAGGUAAAGCAGAAAGAAAAUGACAUAGCAUUAAAAUGUUUUCAGAGAGUAAUCAAAUCAUUGGAUGCAUUGGGCUGGGAGGAGAAACAGUUUGCUCUGGUGAAAGGACUGCUAGCAGGCAAUGUCUUUGACUGGGGAGCAAAAGCAGUCUCAGAAGUCCUGGAAUCGAAUUCAGAGUUUGGAUUUGAGGAAGCAAAAGAAAAGUUGCAAGCACGUCCUUGGCUAGUGGAUACAUACGACAAUUGGAUUGAACGAUUAAGGGGUCCGCCUCAUAAAUGUGCCUUAAUUUUUGUGGAUAACAGUGGUAUAGAUAUAAUUCUGGGAAUUUUCCCCUUUGUUAGAGAGCUGCUUGCCAGAGGAACUGAGGUUAUUUUGGCCUGUAAUUCUGGUCCUGCUCUAAAUGAUGUAACAUACAAUGAAUCUUUGAUUGUAACAGAAUGCAUUGCAGCUAUGGACACUACCAUACAGUCUGCUCUGCAGGAUGAGAGGUUAAUAUUAGUACAAACAGGCUCAAGCUCCCCAUGUUUAGACCUUAGUCGACUUGACAAAGGACUCGCUACACUUGUUAAGGAACGAAAUACUGAUCUGGUAAUCAUAGAAGGCAUGGGACGAGCCAUCCAUACAAACUACUAUGCCAGCUUCCAGUGUGAAAGCUUAAAACUGGCAGUAAUCAAGAACUCCUGGCUAGCUGAAAGACUGAGGGGCAAGAUCUUCAGUGUGGUUUUUAAGUAUGAAACUCCUUCCAAAUGAGAUCCUGCCUGGCUGGUUCAGACCCAUUCCUCAGCACUAGUUUUAUUCAUCAUUUGUAAAGAAUGUAUUUUUAUUACACGGGGUGGGAUGUUUACAAUUGCUGUAUUUAUUUUGUGCUUCUGUGCUGAGAAAAAAAAAAAAAGCUUCGUUAUAAAUAUAUAAAUACAUUUAAAUUAUAUAUGUAUAAAAAGUAUCUUUUG